AUGGAGAUCCAAGUAGGGGGUUCGAGUCUCCCGGGCUUCAUCCUGUGGCCACUGGCGACAAUAGCACUAGCUAUCGCCGGCCUUCUCCUCAUGAUCCUCUACAACCUCACCCUCCACCCCCUCCGCAGCUACCCGGGCCCUAAGCUCUGGGCCGCGACCCGCAUCCCCUACGCCCUUAUGAUCGUCCGCGGCGACCCGCACAAGACGAUCCUCGCCCUCCACCAGCGCUACGACGCCGAAAUCAUCCGCAUCUCCCCCAACGAGCUCUCCUUCCAGCACCCGGACUCCUGGAAGGAGAUCAUGGGCCACCGCAAGGGCACCGGCUCCCUCGAGAACGAGAAGGACCCGAACGCCGUCGACGAGCGCGGCAUCGAGAUCAUCUCGGCCAACCGCGAGAACCACUCGCGCUACCGCCGCAUCCUCUCCCACGGCUUCUCCGCCAAGAGCAUGCAGGACCAGCAGCCCAUCAUCCGCGGCUACAUCGACCUCUUCGUCGAGCGCCUCCACGCCCUCGCCGGCAAGGGAAAGGCCCCCGUCGACAUGGUGGCCUGGUACAACUACACCACCUUUGACAUCAUUGGCGACCUCGCCUUCGGCGAGUCCUUUGGCUGCCUUGACAACUCGGACUACCACCCCUGGGUGCGCGUCAUCUUCGAGAACAUUAAGAUGAUGUGCUUGUUCAACCUCGCCCGCAGUUUCAGCUUCCUCGCGCCGCUGCUCAAGAGCUUCGUGCCCAAAGACCUUGUCGAGAGGGGCAUGUCCCACAAGGCGCUCGUCCACGAAAAGGUCGAACGCAGGAUGCAGCUCGGCACGCCGCGCCCCGACUUUGCCGAGUCCAUGAUAAAGAAGGGAACCGAACCCCUGAGCCGCGAGGAGAUGGACGAGAACGCCGGCAUCCUCAUCAUCGCCGGCUCCGAAACGACGGCCACGGCUCUCUCGGGCGCGACCUACCUCCUGACGACCAACCCGGACAAGCUGGCCAAGCUCGUCGCCGAGGUCCGCGGCAGCUUCGCGAGAGAGGACGAGAUCGACAUCGUCGGCACCGCCAAUCUCGAGUAUCUCCACGCCGUCCUCGAGGAGUCCCUGCGGAUGUACCCACCCGUCCCAACCGCCCUGCCGCGGAAGACGCCCCCGAGCGGACAGGAGAUUCUCGGCCGAUGGAUCCCCGGCAACACCACUCUGAGCAUCCCCCAAUGGGCCACCUACCACAACGAGAAGCACUUCUCCAGGCCCUUCGAGUUCCACCCGGAGCGCUGGCUCGGCAGCGACCCGGCCUUCGCCGCGGACCGCCUCGACGCCUUCAAGCCCUUCCACAUCGGGCCCCGCAACUGCAUCGGCAUGAACCUCGCCUACGCCGAGAUGCGCAUGAUGCUCGCCCGCGUCAUCUGGAACUUCGAUAUCGAGCUGGCGGCCGAGAGCCGCAACUGGAUCGACCAAGAGUGCUACACCCUCUGGAGCAAGCCGCCGCUCAUGGUCCACCUGACGCCGAGGAAGUCGGGGUGA